CUGGGCCCAAACCAAGCAGUCAGUCGCCAGCCAGUAAUCCACUAGAGCGCGUUCGGGCACGGACAAGUGUUAGAGACAAGUCUGGUCUCAGAUCACACAAAAUUCCAAAAAAAUAAAUAAAAAAUAUUGUGAGAAAAGAAAGAAGAGAUACAAAUCGGCAUUUAGUGAAUUCAAAAACAAGCAGACGUCGAAGCGCGACUCAAACGGAAAAACCCGAUCGCAUUUUUUGUGUUUUUCUGGCUCUGGAGAGCCCCGCGUGGAACUGCCAACCGAAAUGAGCUCGGACCAAGGGCCACUCUUGGCCAGAAGAGGACGGCGUGGCCUGCUGGCCGCUCUCCUGCUGAUUUCCCUCGCCGGCCAGACGGCGGCCCAGUCCAAUUACGUGCAGCAUGGAGACAGCGGCAACUACACCACCAACGGAUUGCCCGAGGAGGCGACACUGGACGGCAAGGUCACCAAACUGGACGACAUCAGUCCACUGAUUUUCCUCAACCGAACGAAGGCCGCUCUCAACUGCGCCGCCGGUUCCAUGCAGGUUGAUCUCAAGUUCAACGAUCCGUUCCAUGGCAUUAUCCAGGCUGACUAUGAUCGCAGCAGUGCGUGCCGCGUUAGUGGCAAAGGAGCGCUCAGCUAUCGACUCGAGCUGCCGCUCAAGGGAUGCGGUACCAUCCAGAACCCCACCCGUGUGUUCACCAACAACAUCAUUGUGCGAUUCCACGCCAAUCUGGAAAUGGACGGCGACGAGAUCAUCACGAUAGUCUGUCGCUAUCCACCGCCCGUGCCCUCGCUUCCACCUGCUCUGCCGGCGCCCAUCCUGAACCCGAUUGCCACCAGUUCUGUGCUGCAGCCGCCGCUGAAGAGCAUCCAGAUCCUGAUGAUCAUCUGCGCCAUCAUGUUCCUCACGCUGCUGCUCCUGGGACUCGCCGUUUCCUACUACUGCCUGCGCAGUCGCUCCAUACCGGUGGUGCGUCGCCUGCCGAUGAGCAUGGGCAGCGGAUCGGAGAUCACCAAGCUGAGUGGCAGCAGUGUGGGCAACAUCAGUGCCUUCGAGGGCGUCAAGAUACCCAGAGCCCAUGCCGCUCUACAGGCGGUCUACAGCUCGUCGGGCAGCGAGGGUGCACUGAUACCCUCCGACUAUCCCAGUGAAUCGCACUCGGAGAUUGAGGAGAUCGAUACGAGAUCGCUGCCCUUCAGUUCGGCGGGCAGCUUCGAGAAUCGCGCCUUUGUCCACGAAACCUCGAGCAUCUACAGUGAUCACUAUGCUCCCGCACAGGAGAUGCCGUCCGCGAAUGCGGUGAUGACCACCACCUCGGUCACCCGCCACUCGAUUCCCAUGCAGGAGGCGGUGGCCGCCGUCGAUUCACCCAAAUUCGAUGUACAGGUGCGCGUGAAGAAGUCACCACCGCCACCACCUUCCCCCGUAACCUCGGAUACGGAGAGUGUGGCCACUUUGCGUCCGGAUCGCAACAAUCUGUCGACCAUCAUGGAGGCCUACGAGGAUCGCGAGAGCGUGCUCACCAUGGACUCCCUGCCACCGCAAGUGGAGACGAUCCACUCGCAGUUCACCUACGUGCCCGAACUCCAUCCGGCGCCGCAAGUGCCCCAGUCCAUUCCCCUCCCGCCGCCGGCUGUCGUCGAGCCCAAGUUCUCCGUUUACACACGAACCCAUCACGAGGUGGUGGAUGGUCGCCCAGAGACCUGGUCGGAUUACACCGACGGCCCGGCACCCAGCGAGAUUACGGACUUGUCCUCCGAGGCCCCUGACAUGACGGUGGAAACGAUGCACUACUAUGAGGAUGAGUUCAUGCCGGCGGUGGAGCCACCGGUGACCUCGCACACCGUCGAUGAUGUCUAUCUGCGCACGGUGACCGAGAAGAAGACCAUCGAGGACAUCGAGAGCCACAAGCGUAGGGUCACCGAGUACAAGAGCAAGCCGAGGGCACCGCUGCCGCCGCCACCACCGCCACCGCAAGUGGAUCCCAAGUUCGAUGUGCGGGUGCGCAACUACCCGGGCGACCGGGAGCAGCAGCUGUGGGAGAACUUCUCGGACAUUUCCAGCGCCUCCGGACUGACCCUCACGCCCAAGAUGGAACGCAGCGAGCUGAGCCUGCCGCCGGCGGAGCUACCGGCCCAGAUCCACGACAACAAGCUGAAGCUGACCAGCCCCGAGCUGGUGGGCAACAUGAAGCCGAUCGAGGUGCCGCCACAGGACAAGGAUGUGCCAAACUGGGACGUGCUCAUCCGCAUCCUAGAGGAGCCCGAAAUGUCGGAGGUGGGCCAGGACGAUGUCAGUUCCGUGCACAAUCUGAGCUACGACGAUCGGGCCAAGUGGAAGGAGAUCAUCACCACCCAGUCCUCGUUGCGCACCAUGCUCACCGAGGCGGUGGUGCGCGAGGACUUCGAGCGGAUUCGCCAGGACACCCGGUACGAGCGCAUGUUCGAGCCACAGACCUGGGACGUGAUCAUACGCAUCCUGGCACCGCCCGGCGACGAUGAUCCCGACGUAGAGAUGCGCACACCCAGGCGCGGCAAGAAGGCAUCGCCGCAGCCAUGGGACACCCGAUCCCGUCGCAGCUCCCUGCCCACGCUCUACGAGUACGACAGCGAUGGUGGCUCGAGUGUGCGCACCAUUCGCAACGAUCCGGGCAUGACCGGCAUGCUGAUGACAGGAGCAGGACCUGGCGUCGGUCCUGGCGGACCCUUCAAUCUGCAGCGUUCGCGUCGCAGCUCGCGCACCUCCUACCAGACCGACCACAACGACUUCCGAUCGAUGUCCGAGGUGACCGUCGACUUUGGGCGCCCGCACCAGGUGGACCAUCCGGACAACGUGAGCGACGCCAGCAGCUACUACCGGAUGCAGUACUACGACGACGACGACCGGCGCUCCUUCCACCGCUCCCUCAGCCAUCCCUCGCUGGCCCGAUCCGCCAGCGAGUUCACCGAGCACUGGACAGCGCCCGAUGAGAUGGAGGUCUCCUCGCCGGAGGGCACUCCGCACACUCGCCGCGCCCGACAGCCCCUGUCGUCCAACCAAGUGGCCCUAGCCACCGGAAGGAGCGGCGAGCGUGUGCUGUCCCAGACCCAGACGCAGAGUGAAUACGUGGAGACCCAUCGGAGGGUGUACCACGCCGAGAAGGAGAUGCCCUUGCCGCCACGCAAGUGGUAAAGGGAUCGGAAUCUAACUCCCAUUGACACUAACAAUCGGUAGGAAACUCCAGAUGAGCCACCUUGGACCGAAUGAGGACCGAAUAAUCGAGGGCAUAUCAAUUCCAAUUAAUGGGUCAUAUAUGUACGAGUACUCAAUAACCUUACAAUAAUUAACAAACGUGCCAAUUACAAUUGCCUGACAAAGUAGCCACUAUAAA